AUGUACCAUUCUUUAUCUAGCACAUUCAUGCCUUAAUCCUUAUUUUUCUUAAUCGUUAAUUCUGAGUCUGUUGAAUUACCACAGGGUCUCACCUAAGAACAAUAAAAGGAGGAGCUUCUUAAUAUAUAAAUGAAAAUAUGGCUGACUCCUUAAACAGAAAGAAAAAUCUCCCUAUAAAGAGCUGCAAUAAAUUAAGCAGAAUAUUUCUGUUAAAAGAUUCCUGAUUGUGUUAACUUGAUUUGCCAAUACCUUAAAGAAUUGCUUAUUUUCAGUAUCUCUGAUAAAAUUGAAGUAAAUUCUCAUCCAUUUUUAUCGCAUUUCGCACAUACAAUAUUGCUAUCAAGACUUCCAAUUUAUUCUAGGAUAUAUGCAGCUCUUGCUUGCAUUUAAAUAGUUUAUCCUCAUUUAAAAACAUAAGGGCUGAAAGAAUAAAUGCAACUGAUUCAGGAAGCAGUUUUCGCUGCUGCAAAUAGCCUCAUUGAGUAUCCUAUGCCAUUGAUUAAAUUAAUAUUCCUUAUUGUUUCAAAUACUUUGAAAGAAGAGAUUUUUAUUGAUACAAACAAAUAUAGAUAUGGUCCAAUUAUAAAGUUAAUUUUCAGUUAAUAAUUGUUAAAAGAAUGUCCGAAUGUGAGUGAAGUUAUUACUAUGCUUCUUGAUUACUUUGAAAAGAAUACUUUAAAAUACAUGAUGCAAUUAAUCAUAGACAACUCAAUGUAGGUUGUAGAGAACGCAAAAGAUUGUACAUCAAUAUUUUAACUUGUAAAUUUAAAUAAGAGAUGGAGAUAAAUGGUUUAAGAUGAACCUAAUUUGAGAUAAUAAGUCAACUUGAACUACUUUCCUGUAGUUCAAGCUUCAACAUUAAAGUUUCUAUAAAUAGUUGAGAACAACUUUAAAGUUUAGUAACAGUUAAAAGAAUAGCAAAGGAAAUUAGGAUAGAAAAAAGGAUCAACAGCCUAAGCUGUUUUGGACGUUUCAUAAAAUCCUGAAAAUCAAUUAAAUAAUCUUACAAAGACAGUCGAUAAAGCUUUGCUAAGUUUAUUAAGGGCUUGCUGCUUUAACCUUUAGCCUUAAAUUGAUAAUUAAUAGUUCAUUGAAAUUGAGAAAAAACUAAUGCCCUUGUUUAGACAGAUGGUAGAUGAUUUAUUGUAACCUUAUCAAAUAUAAUUACUUAAGGUUGCUGAAGCUAUAGUUGUUGUAAAAAAAUAACUCACUCCAACAACUUCAUUUGCAUUGAAAAAUCUUCACUUUAUAUUCGAGCAAUCAUUCUCCAUUAAGAGAAUCAAAUCUCUGAUAAUUUUUCUUGCUUUUGGUUAGGAUUUCUAUAAAAUGAAUUCUUAAAUACUAGUCUAAGCUAGUCUUAUGUGUAUCAAGCUUCUUUCAACACCAGAACUAAUUUAGAUUUAUACUCAAAAAGAUGUUCUCGAUAUUUUUAUAAUGAUCUAAGUUAUGCACAUCAACCAUUAUAAUGUUGAAUUAUAGUUUAAUAUAGCUUAACUCUUAGAUACACUGAUGGAUUUAAAAGGAAUUAUGGAUAAAGAAUGCAGAGUAUAAAGAGUAUUGGCGAUUCUGUCUUUGUCUCAUAAUUAUAUUUAGCAAAUGUUUGAUUAUUUUGGAAGCAAAGAUAAGAGAUCAUAAUUAGUAGAUUUUAUUAUGUCGGAUUUUUCUGCAAUAAAUAAUUAAAGUUUGACUAAUUACGAGAUAAAAAUAUUUGUAUGUGGCAUCAGUAAUCUCUUCUUACGGUAUCGAGAGUAGUAUCACUUAAAUUUAGAUGAAGAAUUAUUUCCUGUCGUUAUCAGAUCUGUAAAUAUGUUAUUUUGGCAAAAAUAUAUACAUGAUAAAAAAGUUUACUUCGAUUUAAAGUAACCUCUAAAUCCUGAUUUAAUAAACGUGAAUUAAAAGAAUUAAAUUCCAUCUAGAAAUGCUGGACUUAAAGAUGAUGAUGAUGAAUGUCUUAGUGAAUUCUUCCUCUCAGAAUAUAGAGAUAUUUGUAGUGAAAGCUUAGAUGAUAUGGAAGAGAGGAAAGAAGCUGAAAAGUACUAUAAGGAUACUAAUAUCAUUUAUAAGGAUUAUGAUGAAUAUAUUUACUUUAAGAAAUAUCUUGUAAAUUCGUUUUUCAAUGAUAAGGAUACCUUGAAAUCCUUCUUGCUACAAAAGAAUAAAAGAAUCUCCAGAAUGGUAGAAAUGGUUUUAAGAUGCAAAAGAGUGAGAAUUACAAGAGAUGGAGGAAGAGAAUUUAUAAGAUUUAUAUUCAACUUUAGCACUAACUGA